UAUAUUUGAAAUAUCAGUGCAUGUUGUGGAUACACGUGUAGUCCAAAUAGAUAGACAUCAAUGGAAUCCAGUCAAACUGUUAAUAGUUAUGACGCAUGAACGCUGUUUUGCAAUAAAACUUCAGGUAUAGGACAUUGUAUUUCUCAGGCUUGCGUUCAAUAUUAAAGUCUAAUUAUGUGUAAAUAUCAUUAAUUACGUCAAUAUGGCCCAACAAUAUACCUACAAGUAAUUGAAUAUAUUUAAAUUGUGUAUUGGUGUAGCAUGUUACACAUUAUUCUGCGUGCUCUAGCCUCUUAGCAAUGUCUGUAAGAAUUUUAUCUAAAGAACUGCAACUUAUAGCGGAAACAGAAUUGAACGAAGUUGCGAACCGUGUUAACGAUGAUAUUCAGUCUCUUAGGGAAUGGUUAAAGUCACAGCGUCAUUUAAAAGCGCGCACAGAUGACCAGUGGCUGCUGACUUGUUUAAGAGGAUCCAAGUUCAGUUUAGAAAGGACAAAAGAAAAAAUUGACAGAUAUUACACAGCGAGAACUCUUUGCAGUGAGUUCUAUGCUGUACGUGAUCCAUUUUCACUGGACAUUCAGCGUUGCUUUGACGAUGGAAUUGUGUUUGUGCUCCCUGUCAGAGAAUGUGAACCAAUCCGCUUGGUUUUCCGCGUUGGAACUGUUGACACGCGAAUUGUAUCUUUCGAAACCAGAGUGAAGGUAUUUACAAUGAUAAUAGACGCUCUGUUGGAGGAAUAUGAUGAACUGGCCAUUAAUGGGUUGAGCCUGCUGUUUGAUAGUGCUGGCAUCACUUAUGAUCACCUAGCGCAAGUUACGUUGCCUUUACUGAAAAAGUGUGCACUGUGUUUCCUGGACUCUUACCCGAUAAGACUUGAGGCACUGCACGUCAUAAAUAUUGUACCGAUAGCUAGGACUUUAAAGCAAUUAGCUUUGCAGUUUGUGCCUAAAAAGUUACGAACCUCCGUGUUUUUAUAUGAUGACAACGCCGGCGGUGAUGAUAUUUACGAGCAUUUUCCACGUGAUCUCCUUCCUCCUGAGUACGGUGGCACAGGUAAACCCAUAGAGGAAUUAGCAGCGCAACUAAAGCUUAAAGUUGAAAGUUAUAAGGAUUGGUAUGCGCUUGACCGAACAUUUUGCACAGAUGAAUCCAAAAGGCCGCAAGAAUCUACACUUUCUCAGGAAUUGUUUGGAUUAGAUGGAUCUUUUCGAAAAUUAGAUAUAGACUAGCACAUCCACAACAGAAAAUGAUUGUGAAUUAAAGUUCAUAUUUAAAUUAAUCUCCAUAUUUGGUGAAUUUUUUUUUCUUUAUCAGACGCCAACGUCUUUGAACGUCCGUUUGGCCGUUCGCACAAUCAAAUUAAAAUACACUUUAACAUACUUACCUAUAUAAAGCUUAAAGUUGGUGCACAGAUAGGCCAUGACAUACCGAAAAAGAAAGAUAAAAUAAUAAAGGAAAAUUUUGGUAUUAAAAAUGAAUCUUAGUGUACACCCGGUUCUGAAUUCAAUUACCAACAAUUUUCUCCUCGUACACCACUGGUAACUGCCACAAAGAAAAAUCCUAAUAUUGACUUAAAUUAAUAAUUUUGGAGACUUCUUCCAAAGGAUUAACUACACAAAUGUUCAUAAACGCCUGACACAAUUCUUGGACACGAGAGAAAAAUCUGACAUGAAAACUAUAUCCGAGUCGCACAAUGGGUUCGAAUAAACACAAUUGAUUAACAAUGACAAUUUUAUUUCGAAACACAUGAAAAGAACGUUAAACAAAAUUCCUGAAAGAAAGAGAAGCUUGUUUGGCCAAAUUACUCGCUCCGUAUACAGGCGGUCGAUGAAGUCGCAUCAACGGUGCACUAAAACCUAAAACUACUUCCUUUACUUCAACUUGGCUCACUUUUUCCGAAUAUGGACAACGUAACAACUUUAAUUAACUUUGUUAUGUACAAAAAUAUUAUGAAAAUGAGAAAUACUGCGUCUUCAAGCAAUAAA